GCAACAACACCAGAUCGCCCGCUGGUUUCCUCUUACCCUCAUCUCCUCCUGCCCAUCCUUCUCCAGUCCCCUUCACCUUCUUUACGCUCUAAGUGAGUAUUCUGAUUUUUGCAUAGUUCGAGCGCCCCUCCCGCUCGUUUGGCGGGUGCGUUGCAAAAACAGAGAGCGCGGCAGGUUGAUAGGAGGAAAAAAAGAGAACCCCGCCCUGUCCUUCCUCGCAUCGGAGCAGAUCCCCGCAUUCCCCCCCAGCUUCACUCUAUCCACAGUUCAGUCUCACUCACCCCGACUCAUUACAGGCAUCAAAAAUGGGAAAGGACAAGUCCCACGUUAACGUCGUCGUCAUCGGCCACGUCGAUUCCGGCAAGUCGACCACCACUGGUCACUUGAUCUACAAGUGCGGUGGUAUCGACAAGCGUACCAUCGAGAAAUUCGAGAAGGAGGCCGCCGAGUUGGGCAAGGGUUCCUUCAAGUAUGCCUGGGUGCUUGACAAGCUCAAGGCCGAGCGUGAGCGUGGUAUCACGAUCGAUAUUGCGCUCUGGAAGUUCGAGACGCCGAAGUUCAUGGUCACCGUCAUCGAUGCCCCCGGUCACCGUGACUUCAUCAAGAACAUGAUUACUGGUACCUCCCAGGCCGACUGUGCUAUCCUCAUCAUUGCUGCCGGUACUGGUGAGUUCGAGGCCGGUAUCUCCAAGGAUGGUCAGACCCGCGAGCACGCUCUCCUUGCCUUCACGCUCGGUGUGAGGCAACUCAUCGUUGCCAUCAACAAGAUGGACACUACCAAGUGGAGCGAGGACCGCUUCAACGAAAUCGUCAAGGAGACGUCCACCUUCAUCAAGAAGGUCGGCUACAACCCGAAGGCAGUUGCCUUCGUGCCUAUCUCUGGCUGGCACGGCGACAACAUGUUGGAGGAGUCCGCUAACAUGACAUGGUACAAGGGCUGGACCAAGGAGACCAAGGCUGGUGUCGUCAAGGGCAAGACCCUCCUCGAUGCUAUUGACGCCAUUGAGCCCCCCGUCCGUCCGUCCGACAAGCCCCUCCGUCUGCCCCUCCAGGAUGUCUACAAGAUUGGUGGUAUCGGUACGGUGCCCGUCGGUCGUGUCGAGACUGGUAUCAUCAAGGCCGGCAUGGUCGUCACCUUCGCGCCCUCGAACGUGACCACGGAAGUGAAGUCGGUCGAGAUGCACCACGAGCAGCUCGAGCAGGGUUCUCCCGGUGACAACGUUGGCUUCAACGUCAAGAACGUCUCGGUCAAGGAUAUCCGUCGUGGCAACGUCGCGUCUGACUCCAAGAACGACCCGGCGAAGGAGGCUGCUUCCUUCACUGCUCAGGUCAUCAUCCUCAACCACCCUGGUCAGAUCGGUGCUGGCUACGCACCCGUUCUUGAUUGCCACACCGCCCACAUUGCCUGCAAAUUCGCCGAGCUCAUCGAGAAGAUCGACCGACGGACGGGUAAGUCGCUCGAGGCGGCCCCCAAGUUCGUCAAGUCGGGUGAUGCCUGCAUUGCCAAGCUUGUGCCGAGCAAGCCGAUGUGUGUCGAGUCCUACAACGAGUACCCUCCUCUCGGUCGUUUCGCUGUUCGUGACAUGAGACAGACGGUCGCUGUCGGCAUCAUCAAGUCCGUCGACAAGACCGAGAAGAGCGGAGGCAAGGUGACCAAGUCUGCGGAGAAGGCUGGCAAGAAGAAGUAAACUGUAUAGAAUACGCUUUUUUUUCUCGGUUUUCCUUCCCUUGUUUCUUCCCUCUCCUCGCAUGGUAUCGGUAGCUCACGCAAACUGUGCUCGUCUCUUCUCAAAUUGUUGUAUUCACGAUGACGAAGUACGCCGGGGGAUGCUCCUCGCAUGUUCAGUAAUGUUGUGCAAUGCUGUCGCGAAUAAAGUGGCACCGUUUGUAUCGCUAGAAAA